AACAGCUCAGCUAGUCACGUGGUUUGGCAGGUCACGUGGGGUCUCCCAGAGGCCGGAAGUCGGAUUGUGUCGCUUCCUGUGGGUUCGCUAAACACUUUGGCGGGGGGAGAGGCCCCACUGGGGACCGACCCCGGGGCUGUGAGACUGUGAGGGGCGGAAGGCUGAGCCAGUAGAAUGAAGGAUGAGCGGGGCGGCUUCCCAGUAGCAGCGGCACCGGCAGGGGAUGUACGUGGAUGUGACCCCAGAGUGAGCCAGGCCCGGCCCAAGUCACACACACCAGACCUGCACUUCUAGCUUUGGAGGCACCCUAUGUACAAGCAUGCCGGAGAUGACGCAGAACAACACCCCACCCAAGGCUAAGCACAGGAAGAAGAACAGAGAGAGUCACAAUGAGGUGGAACGGCACCGGAAGAAGAAAAUAAACUCUGGGAUAAAUCGCAUCGGAGACCUCAUUCCCUGUUCCCCAGCCCUGAAGCAGAGUAAGAAUAUGAUCUUGGAGCAGGCCUAUAAGUACAUCACGGAACUGAAGAGGCAAAAUGAUGAGCUCUUGCUGAACGGAGGGGACAAAGAGCAAUCGAUUGAAAUCAAAAGGCUCAGGAAGGAUCUGGCUGAAAUCCAGAAGGAGAACGCUCGUUACAUCGAACUUCUGAAAAGCAACGACAUAUGCCUGUACGACGACCCCACCCUGCAUUGGAAGGGAAACAAUAAGAACCCCAAAGCUUCCGUGGUUGUCCCGGCGGAGCAGGCGCAGAAGCCCUUGUGCCUCGGUGGAAACCAGCAGGGUUCUAACAACUCGCCGGCGGCAGCGCAUGGAAUUUCAUUCAACGCGGGGAACAACUUACAGAAGCAAACGGCCAAUGUCGUCCCGGUGCAGAGGACCUGUAAUAUAGUGACGCCUAUCACCAUAUCGGGGGUGUCUCUUUUGGAAGGGAAAGCAUGGCAACAAAGCGCUACAUCUAUAACUUCAUCCAAUCAGCAGGCUUCUCUGUGUCUUCCUUUAACCAGUUCAGCCCCAAUCACUGUUGGUAUCACUACUUCUGAGAGGUCAGUUCUUGUCCCCAUUAGUUCUGCUCCUCAUCCUCUAUUAGACAGUGCGGCAAGCCAGAUACCAUGUUCUUCCGGCCAGACAUCUCUGCAUGGACAGAACAGAGUGCAAGGUAGCGAGAAUGCGACCCAUCAGGAGAGUCUGCCGAAAGUUCCCUCAUCCAUCUCUUCCAGCCUCCCAUCCAGCUUGUCUUCAUUUGUUCCUGAAGUGCCAUUAGUCAGUGUGUCCGGAAUAAGUUUACAAGAAUGCCCCAGUUUGCUCCAGGGGCAGUUAUUGGGAGCUGCCGGCUGCGCGGUGAAGGAUGUCAUCCAGGAGAUCUUUCCUACUGUCAGUACGGACUCCAGCCUUCAGGUGGCAAACUCUUCCAGAGAGGUUCUCGCUACUCCUGCGGAUAUAGCAGGGGGGUCCACUCUUGGUAACAGUUCGGCACCGCUGGAAAGCAGCUGGUCUCUCAGUGCUUUACCGUCUCGGGAAUUGAAAUCCGUGGGCAGUUUGGCGCGGGUUCCCUCGGAUGGUAACACGCAAACCACAUGGACAACUUUACAAGUAGCAGGUAGCACCAUACAGCCAUUAAGCCAAGCGCCCCCUGGUGUUGUUCCCAUGCUAGUAACUGAGCAGCGGCUGUGCCCCAAAGAACCAACACCUUGUGUAAACCUGAACAGUUUCGCAUCGGACGCUGGCAAACCAGUUGAACAAGUAGUGGUUAAAAUGUCAUCUUGCCAACCGGUACAGGUUCAGUCGCUGAUAUCCCAGCCUCAGUCUGCAACCAAUAUUCUUCCUCUUAAUCAGCCAGUACAGGUAAUACAAGUGGCUCAGCCAGUCGCACCAGCUGUCAACCCUGCUCCAGCCAAUCAGAAUAUUAUAUUUCUCCAGCCCCCAGCACCAGCUCCUUGUACCCCUGUUAUCCGGGCAGAGGUGCCCAAGCCCACAAUUGGCCAACAAAUCGUAAUAAUCCAAGCAGCUCCCAAUCAAAAUCCACUUCCUUUAAUGCCAACUCAGCCUACACCCCCUGUUGUCGUACCCCUUAAUCCAGCCAGCUCUGUUGCCUGCCCUUCAAACACUGUGCAAAGCUCGGCUCCACCACAGACUUUUGGUGGCAAACAUCUUGUCCAUAUACUGCCGAGACCCACCACUUUAGUAACACCUUCCACCACCCAGUCUGUGCCUACUUCCACAGCGAGCUCCAACCAGCAGCCUCCAACGAUUUCUCUAAAUGGACAGUUGUUUGCAUUGCAGCCGGUGACUCCUUCCGCUGGCACCUCCAGUCAGACACACAUGCAGAUUAUCCAGCCCACCACCAGUGAAGACCCCAACACUAAUGUUGCCUUGAAUACCUUCGGUGCUUUGGCCAACCUCAGCCAGAGUAUCUCCCAAAUAGCCGGACAAAGUUGCUUACAGUUCACUGUUAACCCUUCUGCAGCUUCUUUACCAUCCACCAGUAUCCCCUUAAGUUGUGUCUCUACCAGCGGAGCUUCAACCACUACUGAAAGUCCGUCGAUUACCUCAGCCCCGACAAAAACUGCAAGUGCAAAACCUGUGGGCGGAUCACCAAGUGCAAAAGCCAAGAAACCAAUAAAAAAGGCAAAUGCUAAGAAAUCGGCUUCUUCUAGAAAAGAGGAUAUUCCCUUUACUAAAUCCGAUAAGCCGGAGUCCUCGUGUAUAGAGAGUGCACCGCUGCCCUCUAGUGGAGAGGUUCAGAAACGCCAAGAUAACGUGUACGUGGUGACUUCUGCCCCAGAAAACACAAACGUCUCUGACAUUCAUUUACCCAAAGCUAAUAGUACUGAUAGCACCCAGGAAAUCAGCACCCUGGCUGUAUUAAAUAGCGGUGUGGAAGAAAGGCUGCUCCCCGAAUCCAGAGAACAGUAUUCCUCAGGAUUUUCAUCCACCAGAGACGGCAGUUCUACCACAGACACUUGUAUAACUCGGAUACCAGGCUCCGCCUCAUCGGAAUCGCUUAAAUCUCUUGCUGUAACCAAUAUCCCCCCAGAGCCUGUAUGUCCGCAACCCAUGCACGAUACGUCCGUUAGGGAAUGUACCACUCAGGCAGGGGAAUCCACAGAUAGGCCAACCCAAGUCUUCACCUCCUCUGAUUGUUGUGUUAGUGAAAUGAACUCUGCCGCUUUAACUGCAACCGAUUUGCUAGAAGCACAGAUUUUGUCAGAUGAUCCAAAAGGGAAAUCUCUCUCUGUAGCGGAAUCCACAAAAGAGAUGGUCGGAGAUGAACUGAUCUACAGAAAAGAUAAGUCCAAGGAAUCUGUCGAACAAGUAAAGCAGGAUGUAUCCGUGCUUCCGAUGGCAGCGGGUUCUGUUUCCCAGCACCAGUCCAAUACCGCUGAGCAGGAGAUGGGAGUCUGUAGUUCUGUGGUUACCAGCAGGCAAACAGACUCCCCCAUGUCUACCAGCUCUAGUAGCAGCCGCAAUUUUUCCGUUGCCUCCAUGUUGCCAAAUACAAAUAGGGAAGACGUGACCACUAACGCUCCCCCAGCCCCGGAAUUUACCGGCUGUCCAUUUGCCGAACAAAGUGAUAUCGUUGCUGUCGCUGCAAGGGCCAUUUUUGAGCAAGAAAACCUUGCAAAGGGAAGACCCAGAUUGCAGCCCGAAACCCCCGGCCCGGUUCCUAGUAAUGCCAAUGCGGCACUGCUGGCAGCUGAUUGUAGGAAUCAGUAUAAAGCUCAGGCCGAUAAAGAGAGCUUCGUCCAGUUGCCUGCAAAAUCCACUUCCUUUACGGCUCUCAACGCCAAUCCCGUGCCAGCGUCUGACCGGAUGGAGGAAAAAAAUAACUGCCCCAUGGGAAUCAACACAACAAAUCUGCAAAUUCCAUCAUCUCAGUCUCAAAAUGGAACCAGCUUAAGCAUCAAUAACUUGAUCCAACAUGGCGGCACAACCCAUUCCAUUGUUAACUUUGCAAAUGCAUCUCGGACAUCGGAGCAAGUCACCUUGCCGACGUCCUCUAAACUGCUCCUGCCCUCUGGCAGCUAUGAAAGCCAGGCACACAGAUCCGCCGCCGCUUUACCGGAAUAUUCUCAGGGGCAGCUGCACUCUAUGAAGACCACCAUCAUGCAAGUGACCCACACAACCGAGUCUCUGUUAAAGCAAAGCGAUGAGCACCGGAAGGAUUCUAACAAGCGCUCGGCCCAUGAAGACGGCCUCCUUUCAACCGCCAAGAGGCAAAAGCAGUGCCAGGCCCCGCUGAGACUCGAAAGGAUCCAGCCCCCAGAUGGUCUUGGGGAGCAAAAUGAAAUCCUGGUCAGCCACGUGCCUUCCAAUACGUCUUCCUCUGUGCCUGGCGUUAAUGCGGUGCAUGAAGACGGUCUCGGCACCUUAUUCCCUUCCAGUAAUAGUUUUAUUAGGCAGUCGGAGCUCCGUUGCAGUUCUCAGGCCUCGGUUUCGGAGCAUCAGCAGGGGCAGAUGGUGAGUCAGCACUUAAUACAGCAGCACCCUCCUCCAAAUCAUCAGGGAUCUCUGCACCACAGUAGUGUCCCAUACUUGAAGCAGCAACAACAACAGCAACAAGCCAACCACUUAAGGGAGCAACAUCACUUAUAUCAGCAGCAGCAGCACCAUGUUGCUCAUGCAGAGAGUGCUGUACAUUCCCAGUCUCGCAGUGUGCAGCAGCGGCUUAUCCAGCAGGAUGUACAGAUGCAGAAGAAGCAGGCUUCCAUACAGAGCAGCCAAGCUACACGCAUGUCCCAGAACCACCCAAAAGGAGCCCAGACACACUCUCAUCACCAGCAGAUCCAGCAGCAAAUGCAGUCUCACUUUGGACCUUCCCAGGCAGACAAAACGUGCGAGAAUGCCACAGCCAACCGGAGCCACCGCGGAACGCACCCACAGAGCCACGUGUCCCAGGAUAUACUCCACCAGCAUCCGCAAGAUGUUGGCAGCAGAACCCAAGGGCCACCCGUGUCUUCAGAGCACUUACCCAGCCACAGCCAAGUUCAGAGGCUGAUGACCUCGAGGAGUUUAGAGCAGCAGUUGGUUUCCCAGCCGAGCAUCAUCUCCAGACCAACAAACAUGGCUUGCACCCCGCACCGGCAAGAAAGGAACAGAGUCUCUAGUUAUUCCGCCGAGGCCCUAAUAGGCAAGAGCACUUCCAAUUCUGACCAACGAAUGGGAAUAUCCGCUCAGGCCUCCAGAGUCUCGGAACAACACGAAAUGAGAAAGUAUCUGGAUAUCUCUAGAAAUAAAGGCCUGGCAGUUCAUAACGUUCAGGGGCAGUUAUCCAUUGAGCACCCCAUUAAUGCCGAUGCCCAACGGCUCCCCGAUUGCCAGUCUUUUAAGGCGGGUGGGUCUAGUCAGCAGCAACGGGGAAGCUUUGAUACUCAGACUUCGAGACCUAAUGAUGUAAACACCGUCCCCUCCAUGAGGGGCAUGCAGGCCCAAGCCUAUAGGAUUACCCAGAACCCAAAUUUGUCCAUGGAUCAACAAAAACAUCUUUCAUACCAGCCUGGGCCGGAAGUAUCCCUCUCCAACGCUCUGCCCAUCCGCGAUAAUGACAAUUCCUGCCACCAGAGCUUCAUGCAGAGUUUACUGACACCACAUAUCGGAGAGCAGGUCGGCGUGGGCCAGAGGCUGAUUUCCAGCAAUCAGAGAAACGCCCAGUAUAACGCGGUCUCUGCCGUCGAGUACGGCUGCCCUGCGGCCCGCGAUGCCGUUCAUCUCCGAAGAGACGGCGACGGACAGAAUAGGGAAAGCUGCGACUUGGCCAUUGCCCAAGUGACUUCAAGGAGCCAUUCUUUGAGUAUUCCCUUCUCCGGUUCUACCUCCUCUGUGGAAAUUCCGGGUCGCAGCAGCAGCCCCAAUGCUUCGAUGCAGAAGUCGAUGCGUCCUAACGAGACGCAAGGUGCAAAAAACCAUUUAAACAUUCAGGUUUCCAUUAACAUGCACGGGGUGGUCCAUCCGACUCUUCCCCAGCAAUCCGUUUCCCAUAACAACCAAAAUGUGAGGCUGCCCAAUCCCCCCGUAACUCAGCGCUCCCGACAUUUGCUGCAGGACGACGGCGACUCCAAGAGCCGUCAGCCGGAAAGGAACCGUCUGGCCAACCAAAGGCACAGCAACAUGUUUGAGCCGGCCCUGCCCCACCUUCCCCUAACUGGUCCCAGUAGCAUGAUACUGGGGCGCCAGCAGACGGUGAAUGAUAAAAGGCCGGGUAUUGUCCGCUUCAUGCCAGACAACGGGCAGGUUUCCGGUGACAAUUCCGGUGACCAGCACAGUCUGACUCAAAACUUUGGCUUCCCGUUUAUUCCCGAGGGGACGAUGAACCCCCCAAUCAAUGCAAAUGCCUCAUUCAUCCCGCCGGUUACCCAGGCUGCCGCUACCCGCACCCCUGCCCUUAUCCCAGUUGAUCCCCAGAAUACACUGCCAUCUUUUUAUCCCCCAUACUCCCCUGCUCAUCCGAGCUUGUCCAAUGACAUUACUAUCCCCUAUUUCCCCAAUCAGAUGUUUCCGAACCCCAGCACGGAAAAACCCAACAGCGCUGGUUUGAACAACAGGUUUGGGACCAUUUUAUCCCCCCCGCGGCCCGUGGGCUUCUCUCAGACCACCUUCCCUCUCCUCCCAGACAUGCCCCCCAUGCAUAUGGCCAACCCCUCCCAUCUGUCCAACUUCAACUUAACCUCCCUAUUCCCCGAAAUUGCUACUGCGCUUCCCACCGACGGAUCCGCCAUGUCCCCUCUGCUCUCCAUUUCCCACUCGUCUGGAUCAGACUCUUCGAAGCAGAACCGACCCGCACACAACAUAAGCCAUAUCUUGGGCCAUGAUUCCAGCUCGGCCGUGUAAGAACCUUCCAUGGGUUAUUGUCAGGGGGAGUGUUUAGCUACAGUUUAAAGGACAAGUCAACCCAGAAUAUCAUUUAAAAGAAAACCUAAUUCUAAGCAACUUUGCAAUAUACAUUCGUUAUACAUUUGUAAUGGUGUUUGAGUUAUUUGUAUAUAUAAUUAUUAGAAGCAGCGUCUGUCCCUUCCUAUUCCCUGCCCUGUGGGCUCUGACUGAAACACUGUAACACAAGGCAGCAGCCUGACAGACCUGACUCGCUGGGGGAGACCGACCCCUGAAACAGUGUAA